AUGGAGGGUUAUCUCACUGUCCCGCCCGACAGGGGAACAAUCCUGGGACGGGCAUUGUGGAAGGCCCGUUACGUAGUUCUUGGGAGUGCUCAGCGCGAAGUGAAGCCCGAGGACUCACCUUCCCAAGCCCAGCCAGGCGCGCGUUGCAAAGACGGCCGAGGGACAUCUCGGAGUCAGAGUAAUAUCUCAUUUGAUGGCGCCACCUAUCUGUCAAUAUACAAAGCCUCGGACGACCGGGAGCCUAUCCAACAGUAUGCCGCCAACACCAUCGCCCAAUGCCAAGUUCAGAUGGUUGCGCAUCGCAAGCAGGGACCAGUGCUACCAACCCUCAUCAUCACCAUUGCCCCUGAUCCUGCCACAGACAAGCUUCGCAAACGUCGGUCGAGUCGAGCAGCAGGUCUCGUUGCUUCGAGCAGGGAGUCCGGCCCGCUGACGUUGUGGUUUCGAGCUGAGGAGGUUACCCGCGAGGGACAGAGUCUCAACGACUGGGCGAGGGCCAUACAAGCCACGAUCCAACCGAACAUGCCCGACGUAACCCCAAUGAGCCCGAUGUCUCCGGCUUCCAACAGUUUCAACAGCCCCUUCGCACAGCGACAGCCUCGCGACGCUUCCGAGUACUACCAAAACAGACCGCCAAGUGCCCCGAAGUCAACACUGCAGCACAAGACGUCUGCGGCGACAGGCUCGAGCCGGGAAAGACCCCUUACGUUCUCCGACACGCCGAGUCGAUCCCGGCGCAGCGACAUCUCGUCACUAGCUGGCAUCAACGUGCCACCGCUUGCGCCGCAAACCUAUGCUUCUGUGAUGCCAUCGGACUUGCCCUCGCCUGCAACCACAGCUGGAGGGCACUACGGCGGCUUUAUAGAAGGUUGGACCACAGCGCAGGGGCGAUCUUCCACCCUGAGCUCCCCAGUACGGAACGUACGCGACAGCAUGGGGUCCAUGCCUCCAUUUUCCCCACCGGCAACCAUAGAGUCCGGCUCACCGCCAGCCCCGCGAGAGACGAUCCUGGACAGAGCGUUCCAAUUGCACUGCAUUCCAGGGUCUGAUCAGCAGGUCCCAGGCGAAGAGAAGUUGAGCUCGCUCGCCCGCUUCGAAGCCUUGAUGCAGCAGGCGGAUGAGCAAAGGAAGGACAGGACACAGAGGCCACAGACGAUGAUGAGGCGGCCGGCCUCACCGCCUGCUUCCCCACCGGGUUCGUUGCAGCAGGCUGGGCUACGAAGUGCUUGGGACCUGGACGACUCGUCAGAUGACGGCCCGGGAGGCUCGGAUUCGGAUUCGACCCAUGGCGACUCUGGAUACGGACGAGAGGACGAUGUGGAGGAAGAUCAAGCAGGCAUCCGUGCCCAGUCACGGAGGACACUCGGCUACGUGUCUGGGCGGCGAACGCCUCAAUCUCAGUCUCCUCGUGGCACGAUGGGACCUCGGUCUCCCAUCGCCUUCAACCCCGAGACGCUGAUGGCUUUGAAUAGUGGGUCCAACCUUGGUCGAGGCUCUUCCAACAGGCCGGUUUUUGCUCAGAGAUCGUACAGUCAAACCCAGAUAACCGGCCUCAGUGGCCUGAACCUGAGCGUCAGCCAGCAGCCCCUCGACGUGUCGCCGGGGAGGAGCAGCGUGACCUCGCGCAGAACCUCGAUUCAGGAGAGCGUAGGCGGGCUCAAUCCGGCGGCGGCUCUAUACCGGACGAGCACGAUAGCAGAAGGGCAGAAGCGGCAAUCGGUAGCGAGCAACGGUAGCAAGAGACUCAGCUUUACCGAGUUCACGAGGAGGUUGAGCAGUACCGGCAGCCUGCUACUCAACGGGAGCCCUAGCGGCGAGACAGAAGCUCAGCCCGCUGGGCUGUCUCGCUCGGCAAUGCAGCCUCGUGGGCCGCCGCCCCUCUUCAACUCACCAAAGAACGAGAGGGAGCGUGCUGUGGACCGCAAUGCCCACGACCAGAUGUGCAGCAGCUGGCGGAACGGCGUGGGUGUGCUCGGCGGCGAGGGUGGCUUCUUGUGA